UAGACUGCCGAUAUGAAACGACGUUGUUGCAGCAAGAAAAUAGUACCCCUCCCUCUUCUUCUUCCGCAAAGAUUCCGAAACAAGUAGAAACUCCCGCCCAAAUCUGGUGACGAGGACGACGACGAACGAUGGCUGAUCCGUUGAGACAAAUCUGCGACGAACUAGAAGUCUGCAAAGAAGAAGCGCUAUUCUACCUCGAAGGAUUCCGAUGGGAUCUGAACGCAGCGACGGAGGCUUGCCGCACCAAAACCUUGCCGUCGCCGGCUCAACCUCCGUCUGAGAACCAAAGAACAGCGGCGGAGCAACAAAGUAGAAACGAGAAGAUCGCGAGAUUCAUAGACCUUUCUAAUGGAUCAUCGUCUGUGGCGGACGCAACAAAGUACCUCAACGACAACAAUUGGAGCCUAGAGCACGCCGCCCGCGCUUUCUGUGAACACCGCUAUGAUAAACCUGAGAAGAAGUCGAAGCCGGUGCUGUUAUCACACGACGGUGGUCAUACUGAGCCGCAGUUUCAUAGUACCUCGACAAAUCUCAGGAGCCCCCCUUGGGUUAGUACGGUGCCGUUUCAACUGGCACAGAAAAGAAUAAACCACUUCCACGAUGUUGUUUCUGCUGCCUCUUCAAAAGCCGUAAUCGAUUGCCUCAACGACUGCAAGGGGGAUGUAGAUGCCGCCAUCCUCUAUUUCGAUGACGUUUACAGUAAAAAGAAUUCCACAGAAUGUUUACCUCAUGGGGUCAAGGAAGCGCGCAUCGCUUCAUUCUCUUCGAUGACUAGAGCGACUAGACAAGUUGCACAAGCUUACCUGGAAAAGUAUAUGUGGGAUCUAGACCAAGCCAUCGACUAUUUCUUUGAACCUAGUGACUCGGAGACACAAAAGUCACUUGAAGAGGCUGGUGAAGGAGACGUCACAGUGGCUAAACCUGGGAUGGCGUCAUCUCAAGUGGAUGGUAAGGCUGUAGAGGAAGGUUCAAGCACGGAGACAGUCCCUGAUGAUAACCGAGACAGGACAACUGUGGAGUCUAUUAUGAUAACUAUCUCCUUGGCAGAUACGUCUGGGGCAUCGCUGGAGCUUCCUUUUAGAUCAGACCAAACCGUAAGAGACAUCCGCAAUGCUAUUGACCAGCGAUAUCCAAAUAACGACAGGGGCUACGUUUUGGAAUCAGGGGAUGGACUACGCUACAUGGAUUGGAAUGUAACUGUAUACAGAGUUACUAGGGGUGAAUCUACAACUCUCCUCCAGAUCGACCCCUAGCCUUUGUUUUGGUAACAGUUUUGAAAGAGAGAGAUGGAAAGAAGAUUCAUA